AUAAUUAAUAAUAGUGCAAGGCACGUUGCUUAUCUUGAUACACAACGUUCCUGAUAAGAUAAUUCUGAUAUAUUCGUGGGAAAAGAUAGUGUUUAGUACAUUUAAAAACAUGGAAGACGACGUUGGUCCCUUGAAAAUUCGGCCCCUGCCUCCCGAUUUGCUGGAGCACGCAAUCAGAAAAUUGCACGAAGACCCGAAAAGGAGAGUGGCCGACGUGCAAGCGAUUCGGGAUUGGUUGAAAAAGCAGAGGCACAUCAUCGGCGUACCCGAGGAUCAACUGAUCAUCAAUUUCUUAAGGGGUUGUAAAUUCAGUUUGGAGAGGACGAAGGAAAAACUCGAUAUGUACUACACGAUGAAGACGAUGGUGCCUGAAUUUUUCAAGAACCGUGACUUGAACAGUAAAGAAAACGCUCGUUGUAAAGAAGUAUUGUUCAGGGGAUCAUUUCUUUCGCUGCUUGAGAAGGACGACGAAGGGCGCCAAGUUUAUUUAAUUACGGUCGGGAAAGAGGAGCCUGGUGAAAUGAACAUGGAAGAGUUCAUGAGGUUAAAUUACGUUAUCAUGGACUACAUUAUGAUGAAUGACGACGCACUGGUGGUCAAAGGAAUAGUGAGCAUUGUGGACUUUAGCAAUUUGAAGUUCGGUCACAUGACUCAAAUGAUGCCUAGCGUUAUGAAGAAAUCGCAUAUUUGCAAUGAGGAAGGUUAUCCGCUCCGACCACAAGCGGGCCACAUUCUAAACAUGCCCUCCUUCAUGGAAACGCUUUUCAAGUGGAUGCAGAGUAUGCACAAGGAAAAAGUGAACCGACGAACUCACGUGUAUGGAAAGAACCUGGAGCGUUUGUACGAACAGGUUCCGAAAAGAAUUAUGCCAAAAGAAUAUGGGGGUGACGCUGAAUCGACUGAUGUUAUGGCGAAAAUAUUUGCUGAAAAGGUUCUUGCUUUCAACGACUGGAUUGUGGCUGAUGAGAAGAAUGGCGUGGACGAAAAGAAACGCGUUGGAAAGUCAAGAACAAAGGAAGACUUGUUUGGGAUGGAAGGCUCUUUUCGCCAACUUUCGAUAAAAGUCAACGCUUUUCACCAACACGUUAAUCACGUAGACGACAACAUGGAAGACGACGUGGGCACUUUGAAAAUUCGUCCACUUUCGCCCGAAUUGUUGGAAUACGCGAGGAAAAAGUUAAAUGAAGAUCCGAAAAGAAGGGCCGCCGACGUGCAAGCGAUUCGCGACUGGUUCAAGAAGCAGAAUCACAUCAUCGGUGAUCCGAGUGACCAGUUGAUCGUCAGCUUCCUUCGAGGCUGCAAAUUCAGCCUCGAGAGGACCAAAGAGAAACUGGACAUGUACUUUACCAUCAAAACUUUGGUGCCCGAGCUUUUCAAGAAUCGCGACCUUACAAAAAAUCACGCUCUCAGGGAAAUUAUGAAUACAGGGUUCUUUUUUCCUGUCGGGCUUGACGACGAAGGCAACCGCGUGUUGGUCUUGGUUGGUGGAAAAGAUGAGCCGGGAAAAGCCAAAAUGGAAGAUAUUAUGAAGGCACAUUUUAUGAUGCUGGAUUACAUAAUGAUGCACGACGAUAUCUGCAUGGUCAAGGGAAAUGUGAAUGUCAUGGAUAUGUCGCAAGUGAAAAUGGGGCAUGUAACGCAGCUGAUGCCGAGUUUUCUUAAAAAAGUUUCAGUCUGCUCAGCGGAAGGCUUCCCUUAUAGACCACAGGGUCUGCAUUUUGUAAGAAUGCCAUCGAUGAUGGACACGAUUUUUAGACUGAUUCAAACGUUUACCAAGGAAAAAAUUAACCGCCGGACAUCGGUGCAUGGAAAAAAUUUGGAAAAUUUGUAUGAAGUAGUGCCCAAGAAAGUUCUGCCGACUGAAUACGGAGGCGACGCGGGAUCGGUUGAAGAAUUAGGAAAGGAUUUUGUUGAAAAAAUGAUGGAGUUCAAUGAUUGGUUCGUGGCUGACGAGAAAAACGGCGUUGACGAAAAGAAAAGGAUUGGAAACAGCAAGACUGCGCAAGAUUUACUCGGCAUGCAAGGAUCCUUCCGCCAACUUAGUAUAGACUGAAAAAUCGAAAAUUUAUACUGGAAAAAUUUAAUUUGAAACCAAUUUUGAUAUUCAAUUGAUUGAUAAUUUUGAAAAAUAAAAACUGAAUAAAAUUGUAAAAAAUGCACAUAUAUCAUGAAAAUUGAAUAAAAAUAGUACCUUAUUUAUUGAUUUUUUUCACU